AUGAUUAAAGAACAAGGAUUUUUGCAGCAAAGUCCUCUUGAGACCAAACCCUGCACAGUCGUGUUCAAAAAUGGAAGAAAACUGGCAAUUGUGGGACUUGUCCAGCUACUGAUAAGCCUCGUCGUCGUCGGAUUUGGAGUCGGAAGUUUCUUUCUAUGGAAGAAACCUCAUUGUGACGCUUGCCAUUAUUGGAGACCUGAUGAUUACUAUCGAAUAACAGAUGGUAUCCAAGUCAUCUUCCAUUAUACUACCGAGGAUGACAAUUCAUCUACAGAAGCUCUCACUACUCCUUCGCCAACGAUGUUUACAGCUGAGCAAAAUGAACUGAUGGCUUUUUUGAUUGUUCAAAAAACGACUCUUCAAGAGGUAGAAGACCUUCUGAUGGACCGAAUCCCUGAAUUGAAUCAGCCUGACUGGAUGAAGUACCUGAAACCCUACAUUCUUCAAAAAUAUGAGACAAGCGUAAAUCAACUUGACGCUGAUUGGCAAAAUGACCCAGCUGCGGCGGUAAUUCUUGAAACUUCUGAAGAGGACUAUGUCGGGUCUGGCGAAGAACAGGGAUCAGGCUACGUCAACAAAAGACAACUUCGAAAUUUCGCAUAUCAACUCGAGUAUCCUGACAAAAUCAGCGAAAUUUCAGAAAUUGUCUCCCGCGCUAUUCAAGAGGAAGAAAAUGAAGAGUCUGGCUCUGGAUCGGAAGCUUAUGAAUUCGAAGAGCCCAAGCCUUCUAUUUCUAGUUCUUACAGUGAUUACCCACUUUUAUGCCGUCUUGGUAAUCACGAAAACGUCCGUAUUGCUCGUGUCCUGUCUAACCCUGUUUUCACCGACUGGAGUCUCUUCCAAAACCAAGAAACUCUCCCCGCUCCGGAAGACGAAGAAAUCAUUUUGGGUAAAACUCACACGCCAAAAUCUCGACUCGAAGAAAUCCCACCCUUUCCCCUUGACGAAUCUAUUCAAGAUGACCCACCCAAAGAUGAGAAUAUGACAGUAAUAAGUCAAGAAUAA